UCGCAGCACUGCUGCCGCCCACAUCCAGCCAUGCGGUGCUGGGCCUGGGCGGCAGUCCUGGCCCUCCUCUGGCCACAGCUCGCGUUGCUCUGGGGAGUCGGGGCAUGGCGGGAGCCCAAGAGGCUGCGGCAGCCUGGCCAGCGCACAGAGGCCCCCAACGCCACAGCUUCCGACAGCGAAGGUCUGCCUGGCUCUCCCAAGUCGCUGGAGCCCUCAGGGCCUGAGUUCUCAGAUGCUCACAAGACGUGGUUGAACUUUGUCCGACGGCCAGAAGAUGGUUCCUCCAAGAAACGCUGUCGCUGUCAAGGCCAAGACAAGAAGUUGCGAGGCCCCUUGGGUCCCCCGGGGCCCCCUGGGCCUCCAGGACCCCCAGGGCCCCCCGGUGUGGAAGUCGCCCCAGCAGCCCUGCUUCAGGAGUUCAAGGACAUGCUGAAGGAGGCCACAGAACGGCGGUUCUCAGCAUGGCCAGACCCGCCACUGUCCCGUGGGGCUGGCCCAUGGCUGAUGGUUGAGGCCUUUCACUGCCGGCUGAAGGGCCCCGUGCUGGUAGACAAGAAGACACUGGUGGAGCUGCAGGGUUUCCAGGCUCCCACUGCCCAGGGUGCUUUCCUGCGGGGGUCUGGCCUGAGCUUGGCCUCGGGCCGAUUCACAGCCCCAGUCUCUGCCAUCUUCCAGUUUUCCGCCAGCCUACACGUGGACCAUAGUGAGCUGCAGGGCAGGGCCCGGCUGCGGGCCCGGGACACUGUGCGUGUCCUCAUCUGCAUCGAGUCCCUGUGUCACCACCACACGUCCCUGGAGGCCAUCUCAGGCCUGGAGAGCAACAGCAGGGUCUUCACGGCACAGUUACAGGGGCUGCUGCAGCUGCAGGCUGGGCAGUAUGCCUCCGUGUUUGUGGACAACGGCUCCGGGGUGGUCCUCACCAUCCAGAGUGGCUCCAGCUUCUCUGGGCUGCUUCUGGGUACCUGA